AUGAUGAAGUUGGUUGAUUCGCCCAAACAAAUGUCGCCUUUUGAGGUCGGCGAGUGUCUCGCGUUCGCACGCGGAGUCGCCAGCCGCAGCCGGCUUGCCCUCGUUCCGGAGCGCGCGUCCAGGAGCUUCAGCGCCCUCGGCACGAGCGCACACGAGCGCCUCCGCGCCGUUCCGGAGCGUGCGUCCAGGAGCUUCAGCGCCCUCGGCACGAGCGCACACGAGCGCCUCCGCGCCGUUCCGGAGCGUGCGUCCAGGAGCUUCAGCGCCCUCGGCACGAGCGCACACGAGCGCUUCCGCGCCGCGGGCCACCGCGGGCGAGGCGGGCGGGCACUUGCGGCGCUCGCGCUGCCGCUAGGAGCGCCGCUGCCUCAGCUCGAGCGCCGCGUGCGACGCGAGCGCCGCGGCGAGCGAGAGCGCGAGCGCUCCGAGCUGCGCGCGCACGCAGAGCACGCGCCGCGCCGCGCACGCCAGCGCCAGGCCGGCGUGACGCGACGCCAGCGUCAGCGACCACGGUCCGCGCCAGCCCGGGCCGCCGACGCACACGCCCGCCUGCCACCGAUAACGUGUUUAGAUUUUUCG